CCAUCUUCUCCUUUAAAAGGAUAAGCUUGGUGUUACUUUAUCGCCUUCUUUCGUUUGGCCUUUGAUCCUAUCAUAAGCUUUUUUUCGUUUAUCAAUCUUCUCGAUUCAGCCACAAUUCUUGUUUCUCAGAUAAUUCAUCUCCUUUCUUUGAUUCGUUUCCUUCUCUUCUGUCACUCAGAUCUAGAUCUAGAUCUAGGUUUUUUUCUUUCUCAUCGGAAAUUUGGCUUAGAGGCUUGUUUUGAUCUAGGGUUUGGUUUUUGGGAAUUUUGAAAAAAAAACAAAAUUAGGAAUGAAUCUAUGAGCUACUCAAUCCUGUUUCGUCGGAUUCGAAUUCUACACUCUUUCUCCGUCGUUUACCUCUACUACACCUACGUUUUCUCAUGAAGUAAUCGUUCUCGAUCUCAGUUUUCGUUUUUGAUCUAACUUAUUCUUUGAUAGAUUUAGAAAUCGGGGAUUUUCAGAUUGUGUUUUUGAGAGGUUUUUAUAGGAAAAUAUCUCUAGAAGAAGAAGAAUAAUAUUAUAUUGAUUUUAAUUUUGGUGAGAAGAAGUCAAAAAGUCAACGAGAAAUGGGGUCGUUGCAAAUGCAAACAAGUCCUGAAUCCGAUAAUGAUCCGAGGUACGCCACGGUGACGGAUGAGAGGAAGAGGAAGAGAAUGAUCUCUAACAGAGAAUCUGCUCGGAGGUCAAGGAUGAGGAAACAGAAGCAACUUGGUGAUUUGAUCAACGAAGUCACUCUUCUCAAGAAUGAUAACGCUAAAAUCACUGAGCAGGUUGAUGAAGCUUCAAAGAAAUACAUUGAAAUGGAGUCUAAGAACAAUGUCUUGAGGGCACAGGCUUCGGAGUUGACGGAUAGGUUGAGAUCAUUGAACUCUGUGCUUGAGAUGGUUGAAGAAAUUAGUGGUCAGGCUUUGGAUAUUCCUGAGAUUCCUGAAUCUAUGCAGAACCCUUGGCAGAUGCCUUGUCCAAUGCAACCAAUCAGAGCUUCUGCUGAUAUGUUUGAUUGCUGAAGAUGGAUGAUUCAUAUCUGAAGGAUCAAAAAUGAAGCAUUGAGUUCGAGUCUUUGGUCUGUUUUACUUACUGUCCUUGUUGUAACAAUUAGUGUGUCAUUGGUGAAUUGAGUCUUGUGUUGUCAAUGGACAACGCAAUCUUUAUGCAAUUUCAAUUUGUUCGUGUCUUUGUAUGGUUUUGUAGCCUCAGUCCUCUAGUCUUGUGUCUCAUGUAAUUGGUGUCUAAUGUGUUUCUUAUUGAAUUCAAGCUUUCUUAUU